AUGGCUGUGCUCCUGGAGUUUCUCGAUACCCCCUACCUACAGGGUGUUUGCAUCGCUCUUGUGCUCGUCUUCGCAUCCAGCUUCUGGGAGGAUUUUUCCGAUGAAAUCCCAUACGGACGUCUGCCACUGGUGGGCAAAUCUGGAUGGGAUCUAAGCAACCGGAAGGCCAGAUCUCAGUUCACCAGUUCUGCACGAGCACUGAUUGCUGAGGGGUUCGCCAAAGGCAUGAGUGUGUUCCAAGUGAUGGGCUCUACCAGACCAUUGAUCGUUCUGCAUCCAAAGUAUAUCGAUGAGAUCAAAAGUCACCCGCACCUCAACUUCGAGGGCGCCACGAGAAAGAACUUUUUCGAGGAUCGAAUUCCCGGGUUCGAACCGUUUCACUCAGCGGGUGCUGGUAAAGUCCUUAUUGACACGGUUCGGAUCAAGUUGACCCGGGCACUCGGCUCUUUGACGAUUCCACUUACUAGAGAGACAGCUGCGACAGUGAAAGAUGCCUUCCCUCCUUCAAAAGGUAUUGCCGAAGAAGCCUCAUCACCUAUCUAUACUGACUCGCUUCAGAAUGGAAGACAUAACUUCUCGCAAAAGGUUCCCUAUAUGGUAGCACGGAUGUCAACACUGAUCUUUAUGGGAGAGAAGGACUGCCGGGAUGAGGAAUGGAUCAAUGUCUCGGUCAACUACACUAUCGAUGCCUUCAUGGCAGCCCGCGAGCUGCGUCAGUGGCCAUCUAUCCUGCGUCCGCUGGUGCAUUGGUUCAUCCCGGCAGCCCAGAAGCUGCGCAAGCCCCAAGCCGUCGCCCGUUCUAUCGUUAAUCGAGAGAUCGAGAAGCGCGACAUGAUCCGUGCCGGCAAGCUGCCAGAUGACUCGCCUCGGACCCGUGCCGACGCCCUCGACUGGUUUGAAGAGCUGUCAGCGGCGUCCAACCUACCGUAUGACCGAUCUCAAGGCCAAGUGGGAUUGUCCAUGGCGGCCAUCCACACAACCUCGAAUCUACUGACUAACGUCAUGUAUGACUUGACGGCGCACCCCGAAUAUAUCCAGUCACUUCGCGAUGAGAUCCGCACUGUUGCCAUCGAGGAUGGAGUCUUCAAGAAGACCAGCCUGCUCAAGUUGAAGUUGAUGGAUAGCGUGAUGAAGGAGUCGCAGCGUGUCCACCCACCAGCCUCCCUGAAUCGACUUGCUACUAACGAUAUUGCCCUUUCCGACGGCACCGUGAUCCCCACUGGCGCGACCAUUGUGGUCUCCGCACACGUCAAUGAAGACGAAUCCACCUACCCACACGCACACAUCUACGACGGCUAUCGCUUCUACAAGAAGCGACAAGAACCCGGCAAUGAGCACCGCUUCCAGCUGGUUACAACGACGCGUGAGAGUUUCGGCUUCGGCCACGGCCUGCACGCGUGUCCGGGCCGAUUCUUCGCAGCCAACGAGUCCAAGAUCCUGCUCAUGCACCUGUUGCUCAAGUACGACUGGAAGUUCAAAGAGGACCACGGGAAGCCGAAGAACUUUGAAAAUGGCACCGAAUCUAUUCCUGACCCAACUGUUGAGCUGUUCCGUUCCCGUAAGCCGGAGGUUGACCUAGGUGUACUCGGAGAGUGA